GGUCCGCGGACUCUCGACGCUCGCGAGAGGACCUGGAGUCUGACGCUUUUCGCGUCCGGGAGAGAGCCACUCCGACACGGACUGAAGCGAACGAGAUGGACGCCUUCUUCCUGGAGGGCCUUCGAAGUCAGUCCAAGAUGUGACCAUCACAAUGCAUCAGAAUUCGGCUUGGCCCAGCGUUUGUUACAAUAGCAGCCAAAACAUCUUUUAAAAAAAUCCCAUUACCAGAAUGCAGUCCUCCAGCCGCUCCUCUCAGCCCGCCAAACCGCGGCAUUUCGAUACCAGCAGGCGGGCCGCGACCCACGCUGGACCAAAGUCUCGCGUUGUUCAGAAGGAGGAUAAAAACAAGAACACCAUCGCUUCGUCCUCCCCCAGACAGGUGACUAAAGUUCCCGUCGCUCCCUCCAGGACCAGGCCGGCGGUGCAGCCUCGAGCACCGUUCAGUCAAAGCCGGUUUGGUGCACAAAAACAGAACUCUGUUCCCUUUAAAUCAGCUAAGCCCAAACCGAAGAGUGUCCGUACGGUGGCAGCGGCGACCAAAAUCUCAUCUCCCCUUUCCCCAGCUCCUUCCCUUCUCCCUCUUGACCCCAAUUGCAACGAGCCGAGCCUGCCGUGCUUGUGCUGUGAUGGCCGUUCGCCGCAGGACAACAACAGCAUGUUCAACCAUAACCACAACAACAACAACACUAUUUCUCUCAGGCACCAACUGCAGCUUCCUCCUCCGCCUCCGGUCGUGGCGCCCCAGAGGGAAGAUGAGACGGGGGCCAAGGAGCAGCCUCGGGCAUCCUCUCAAGUGAAGCCGGAGCCUCCUCCCCAACUCGCCGCCAAUGAAGAGAUGUUAGAAAAAGCAGAUCUCGAUGACAAGAAAGAUAUCAAAUCAGAGGAAGAGGAUGAUGAGAGCAGCAGCGGGGACAUUGAUAUCGAUGACGAAGACGACGACGAUGGCGACCACGAUGACGAGGAUGACGACGACACCCUGGUGCCCUCGUGCUGCGAUUGCCCUCCCUCCCUGCUGGAGUUCUCGCUUUCCUCCUCUACCUCAUCCUCCUCCACUUCCAUUAGCUCCUGCUCCGAUCUGGAGUCGGACUGCACCGAUCAAUACACUCCCCAACACCAAGAGCAUUUGUCGGUGUCAAUCAAAGAGUCUUCUUCGCAAUGUCAGCCGCCUGCACGUUCUCUCCCUUCCUUACCAAUCAGGCGCAUUCCCUUCACUUUGACGUCACACACCCCCAUUUCAUCCCCAGAUGAGGGCUAUCCCUCAGCCUUGGACACCCCUUCUCCAGACUACUUGGGAGUCAAAGAUGAUCCAGAAGUCACAAAGCUGGGUUUGCUUGACUUCCUGGAAUCAGUCGGGGAGUUUGGGAAAAUGGAGCGUUUCAGUCAGUUGAUCCAAGUGGCCCGUUGGGAUUUGGAGGGCGAGCAGAAUUGGGAUGUCUUGAGGGAUCGCUUGGACCAUCUGGAUCACUUGGAGAAGGUCAACAGGGAGAUCAAACUGGCGUACGUAGCCAGACUCCAUGAGAAGGGGCUUGAUCUUGGCGAUCUGGAGGAGCAGAACCUCGCUGACAUCAUGGAUGAAAUGGGGAGCGUUGGCAUGGGCUGGAAGCUGUACAAGAGCAGCGGGGGAUUCAUGGGAGAAUCUCAGGAGUUUUCAGACGCCGGCGUGGACCUGAGCGCGCCGUCAGACUGUGACGAUCCUCUUGCUCCGGACUCCCACACCCCAUCCCCCGCGGAGCUACCUCCUCGCCCACCGAAGCCUCCGACCCGUCACGCCAGCGUCAACUCCGACCUCCACACCUACAUCAACAUCAGCCGGGAGACCACAUCCAUGGCUGUCUCCACCUCACCCAUCUUGUCAACCUUCACGCCCAACUCUUCCUCUCCCACGUUCACCACCUUUCGCUGCGAGAAACCUUUGCCCCCAUCUCCGCCAUCCAUCCCUCCCCUCCCCACCUCCAAACCUGUCCCGUACCUCACCCUUUACACCACCUCCUCUCCAUCCAUCCCCACCCCGACUCCUCCCAUUCCUCCACCUCGGAGGCGACACCUGGCCAGGAAGGAGGCCCAACGCCUUGCCGUCCUUCAAGCAGAACAGGAAAAGACUCCCCUCUCCUUACCGCCUCCUACCACACGCCCACCACCUUUGCCUCCUCCGCCUGUUAUCUCCUCCGCCCUGCCCCCUCCAGGUGUACCCCCACCACUGCCACCAACACUGCCUCCUCCUCCUCCUUCCUUCCACGCUCUGGAUGUGGAGAUCCGCAAGUUGUUGAUGCUCGCAGGGUUGACCCAAGCUGAGCUCCUCAAACUGAGCCCAGAGCUUGGCGACUGCGUUGGGACGUUGGAGGAGGAAGAUGGAGAGUUCAGAAUACACGGAGAGGAGAAGGAAUGUGAUCCUGAAUUAAUGGGAAAAGAUGCAUAUAGCAGCAGAGCCACGUUGGCAGGGGAUAGAAGGGCAGAUAUACCCAGGGAGUGUCAGACAGAGGAGGGCAAAGAGGCCCAGAGAACCACCUCAUUCUCAGAGAUGGCUCGAAGACGGAAGAAGAGCAGCAUUAUGACAUCGGACACUUAUUACAGCACCACCUUAAGUCACACGCAGGACACUAAGGCAAAAAUAAGCUUCGAGUCCCGCCUCUAUCCAUGUGAGGCACUAGAUUCACCUCCCCCUCCUCCUCCACCUCGCCCCUUACCCCCAAUCCCGCCAAGCGUGCCACCUCUUAGAGUCAGCACCCUCCUGGCUAACUCCGCACGGCCCGAGCGCUUCGAUUGGCUCAUAGCAUUCACGCCCGACGCUGAUCUCCUGCCGCAGCCCACUCAAUUAAGAAAAUCGCACAUGGAAAUGGUGAAAAAGAGCUCCCCAGUUCCAAAGGUCACCAGUUUCAAAGAGCUGCGUUACCGCAACAAGAGCGGCGCACCUACAACGAAGGUGAUCACCGACCCUGACCCCGACCCCUCAGUUACCACCCCGGACCCCGACAUACUGUACAACUUGAAGUGGAGACGGGCGAAGGAGGGCAGCGAAGGCAGCCAGUGGGAGUAUACCUCUCAGGCCCAAGCCCUGUUCAUGCAGCCGCCGCCAGCGCUCACCUCCAUGGCGGCGCUGAAGGAGAUGCUGCAGAGGGUGGACGAGGCGAGUGGAAGAGGCGACAAGAUGGGCUCCUCACUCAGUGACAGCAGCCUGUGGAUGACUGGCAAAGAGUGGGAGCGUGAAGACAUGGUGAAGAUGGAGGACAAGGAGAAGCGGGAAGAAGAGGAGGCGGAGGUGCGAGGACAGGCCGAUGGAGGGAAGACACGUGAACCCAGAACCGCUGCAGUUUCCUCCCCCCCACUGUCCCUUACCCGGCCUCCCGAGCCCUACUUCCUCCACGCUGCCCCUACUUCCUGUCAAGAGAGGCACUUGCAUAUAAAUUCCAGGCCGCAAGCCCACAUCGGCCGAGAGUCUUCAGAGACGCAAGGAGCCCCGCAGUGGGCUCAUUCUGGUGCUGUGUUUAGCUACCAGUCCAGGGUUGGUUUUGGCUCUCCCAACCCUGGGAAGAAAGUAAGGCAAAAUACAGCAACUCAAUUUCCCAGUGGUAGCAGAAUCGAUGACAGUUUGGGCUCUCAGUGUAAUUCGGACUCGCUAUACUGCAGUGACAGGCAGAGUAUUGCGGAUGCUUCAGAAUGCACCACCCCUUAUAAGAACAUAGAUGUCAUGAUGACGAAUCCAUGCGCUCAAAAAAAGCAAACAGACCGUAACGCUAACAACACCAAGACGUCCAAAGAGCUGCCCCCUCUGCCCACUUAUUACCUACACCGCUCCAAGCACUGCCCACUGCACGGGGGCUCGCCUCCUCGCCUCUCCCCUAUUGGAGCCCUUUCGCCUCCCCAACGCACGGGGGCGCUACCUCCUGGCGUGGCGGGCUCCGGCCUAAGCUCUCCCCUUUUCCCCCGCUCUCACACUCUGCCUGCCCUUGCCGCCCCGCCCUACUACCCGCACCUGUACCCUGCAAUACCCCUCUGUGCUCCCCCUCUACCCCCAAAACUCUACCAGUCUUCUCAGCAGCCGCGCGUGGCCACUGUUCGCAGUGCGUCGUUCGCUGGAGCCGUGCAGAGAGGUGACGCGGUCUGGAUGGGCGAAGAUGUGCUGCAUCCAAUGACGGGAUACCGCCUCUCCUCUCUGCACCUGCUGGAAAAGAGAGCUCUCGUCAGUGCGGUCGGUGUGGCGGUGGAAGCCGUCUUGGCCCAGUUCAGUUCUUCGCGGACACUAGUUCAGAAGGCUUUAUCAGGAGACAGCACAGUAAAUCCAUCGCUGGGCCGUCUGGUGCUGCAGUGCCUCUGCCCCGCCCUCCACAGCCUGCUGACGGACGGUCUAAAGCCUCACCAGAGUGAUCUGAUUGCAGGCAGGAGGCCAAAUUCAGCCUGGAAUUUGGUUCUGGCUUCAACACGGCCAGGUCCUAAAACGCAAGCCCUUUUCAAUCUUCAAGUUCGAGUUGGCGAACUGCCUCAGCUGAAACAGAGCAAACACCGCUUCAAUGCCUUCGUCCUUGGAUUACUCAAUUCAAAGCAGCUUGAUUUCUGGGUGUCUCACCUUCAGUCUAGCAGCGAUGUGUUGGACGCGUACUACCGUCCGUCCUCCUUCAUGCAUCUGUCGCUGAGCGCCUGCCAGCACCUGUUCGACGAGCUGCUGCUCAUGCUGCAGCCUCUCAGCCUGCUCACCUUCAACCUCGACCUGCUCUUCCAGCACCACCACCUGGAGCCCCACAACCCCGCCCCACAGGUGCGCAGUCCCCCCGUUCAGGAUUCGGGUCAAUCGACAAAGGCGACCCGGUCUGAAAAGAGAGGUGGCAGACACGUGGAACGUCUCUCGGAGGUAGACUUUACGGGUCCUGGACAUCUGGCAGCCGAAGAGGGUCAAACUACUCCUAGUAAUGCAGGGUGGUCACUCACUCUGGGCCACACAAGUCCCCAGCUCCGGUGGGUCCAGGACAAGAGGAUUGGGGAACUACCUCCUCCGAACAUGGAGGAGGACAGCUUCGCUCAGCAGGCUGGACAGGUGAUCCAGCAGGGUUGGGGUGCUGUGAUGCGGUGGGGAGGACGAUUGAGCCAGAACUUGGCCGAGCUCAACCUGGCCACCGGGAAAACUGAAGAGGCGAGGACCAGUCUGCAGGAUCACCAGGCCCAGACAGAGAGCGACUUCGCCCCAGUUAAUUCUGUCGCACAGGUGCCCUGGAGUCUGGGUCGCCUCUUUGGCUCUACUUCUUCAAAAAGCCCCAAUACUCCAGUGGCUCAAGGACCACUGAGCAAGCGUCCCUCGCAGUGGUUGGCUCCUGGUGUCACGGCGCUGACCCGAAUGGUGAGCACCACUUCGUUCCCGGUUUUAAGGGCGACCCCAGAACCAAUGGAAGAAAGUCACACUGUGUCAGAACGUGCGGCUGAUACUCCAGAGACGACAGACAAACCACACAGGUCUGUGCGAACGCUGUGCGACCACGCCGGAGCGGGCUCCGAGCUCAGCUUCCGCAAGGGCGAGGAGCUCGUAGUCUUGGAGGGCGUCGGCCAAGACUGGAUCCGCUGUCGUCAGGGAGACCGAGAGGGCCUGGUACCGAUUGGCUACACCUCGCUCAUCAUGUGACGCCGCAACAGCUGGACUCCGUGAAUUAAGGAUGAAAAACAAAACAUUCAAAAAAUACCUAUUCUUGGGCAAAUACUGAUAGAGGUUCGCACGAGGUUCCAGUACUCUUAGAGGGAUAUUUCACCAUAAAGUGAGUCAAAUCACGACUUUUGAGUAAAAUAUCACGUUAAAUGCCCUUCCCGCGUUGUCCGCUUUCCUCGGCAGCCGCUGAUCUAAGGGCACUUAAUCACUCGCGGAUCAGCGACCGCCACCUGGUCGACAGUACGGGGGCGGUCACGUUGGGAGUACUGACCCAGAACCUCCUGUUGCAUACGUGAUCAUGUAGUGAACUGUAGCUGUGUGUACAUGUGUGUUGUAUUGCCCUUACACCCCCUCAUUUACCUUUUCCCCCCUUCGGUUCACACGUGUUUGACAUUUUACUGCUGUAUAAAUAUAGAUAUAUAUAAAGCAUAUAAAUACAUAUAUAAAUAUCCCUGUCUAUAUAUAUAAAGUGAUAUUGAUAUUGCAUUAAACACAAAGCGCAAACGUAACGCUGUUGCUACAGCGACGAUACAGGUGGAAUCGUUCUCGAGCGGUCGUCAUGCAAACAACGAGGUGUACGUGUUUGAAAUCCAAUAUCUUCCUUCCUGCGUGCGUCACGUCUUGAAAUCACUUCAAAACGCAUCUUCCGCAUUUCCUCAAAUAGUGGCCUCCGCCCCAAUCGACGCCGGGCCUCAAUGAAUCUUCGUCAUCCAGCCGUUUUCUCCAGCGCUUAGACCCGGAGCCUAUCCUGGCUGACUUUGGGCGAGAGAGGCCCUGGACUGGUUGCCAGUCGUCCUCAUUCCCAAAAAAAACAAAAAACAAAAAAAAAACCACCUCCUUUUUUUCAGGUGACACAGUAAAUGCUGCCUCAAAUUGACGUGACGCAAAAGAAGAAACUGCAACGAUACUAUUGUGAAGCAGCUACACAGCCUAUUCCUCGUCGAACAAUCAGUGGACAAGCGUAAAGGCCUCUUCCGUCAAAUAAAGGUCGAGUACUCUCUGCAGUUGAGCCUAUGGCUGCUAUUUGAGGAAAUAUAAUAGCACCCUCCGAUUAUCACAAAGUUAUUAAGGCUAACUAAUUUCCUACUGGUUCAACCUGGCAUGGGCUCAUUAAUCUUUGCGCUCUCACUAUCUGAAGUGAAUGCAGCAGGCAAACCGCCUCAUGUAUGUUGGCGCUGAUGAUGAUGAUGAUAAUGUCUGCUGGUUUGUUGGCUUAUGCAUCCACUUUUAACCCGUGAAGCUGCCAUAUUUUAAGCGCGCACCCCCCCCACACUUCAUCGAUAUUAGCUACAGUGGUAGUAGAAAAUGCUCAUGCGGUGGCAGCGGUUAUGUUCAUACACAGUACUUUGCCGUCUUUUAGUCAUUAUUCUCAUGUUUAGAAUUGGCGAGGCAUAAAACGUCGGUUAAUACAGUUGAGUUGUUCAGUUUGCUGGAAAGUCGUCGGUUGCAGCCCCUGCAGGGUUGAGGGCUCAAUCGUUUCAUUUCAGGUUGAAAGAAAAGAGUGAGAGAGAGAGAGAGAUGGAGUGAAAUGUUUACCAAUGAGGGAAUGUUUUAUUUGUAUCUCUUACUGAUCAAAUCAGGGAACACUUUUGUUUCGGUGUCGAAUGGCAGUGUAGCAUUACUGUCCCCGUGGCAACAGUAGCAUUAAGUUAGACCGGUGCUCCUCACUGACGACUCACGUUGUUGCCGUCAUAUGGACGAGUUGGCAAGAAAUAAUCCGUCUCGCUAGAACAUGAAACGACACGUUUAUGAUUUUGCCAUUAUCCCAAUGUGAGGUAAUGAGCGCCAUGCAUUCGUUUGCACGUUAUUUCUUUCUUGGAUGUACUAUUUAUUGCUCUUUCUGAGUCCAAUUCCUGGGUUGUGAAAGCUGUGAGGGUACGUGUUCAUGUCAGGGAAAGCACAGCCUGUGGGAGUGCAACCAUGGGUAGUAAGUCAGUAGCUCCCCCCUCCUCGUCUCUGGUGUCAUGUAGCCUGUAGACCUGCCCUGUGUCCUAUUACUAUGAUUGCUGCACAAUAGUGUCCCUGUCACUGUCCACUUCCUGCAUGUGCUUGUUUGUAAAUACACCAAAUAAAACUAGUAUCCGUAUGAACCAAACUUGUUGG